UUCUCUCCGCAUCUCCGCGAAUGAGUCACACUCCACUGCGCGCCGCCGUUGUGUUUCCCGACUACGCUAGCAGACGACAUCACUCUGACGGGCCUUCUUUCUGCCAGUGCAGACGUCGUCGACGGCAUCUCCACAUAUAGGGCCCUCCCAUCACAUCCUCGCACAAAAGCUCUUCGUUCGCCGGUAUGGAUUUCUUGAGCAGCGACGCGGCGGCCAAAGACAGCGGUGACGAUUCUCCCAACCCGCAGAAGAAGCCUUUCGUUUCCGAAUCCGUGAAUGCCUUGAGCGAGGACCUCGCCCAGUUCGCCACCGGCAGUGCGCUGACUGAUGCGGCGCGGAGCGCCACUACGGCUUCCUCUGCAUCUCCCGGCGGCAGCGGCGACGCGAUAUCUACGACGACCAAAGAUAACCGCGAUCAGCUGGACCUCCUGUCAGAUUUCCAACCGAACGCCGCAAGCAGCCCCUUCGCUCCGGCCGACAGCAGCACGCCGUCGUACGCCGAGGACCUACUUCACGACGCAUUGCCGGCUAGCGCGCCGCUGUUGAAGCCCAGCGCCCCGCCAGCGCCCGACAAGGUCGCGGCGCCGUCAGCGGCGCCCGAUUUAGAACCUCGGCGCGAGCCGCAAAAUCUGCCACCACCCAAACAGACGACGCCGGAGCCGGAGUUGUUGCCCGUUACGGACGUUAAGCCUACGCUCCCGCCCGUCACUAAGCCUAAAGCCGCCGAAAUGCCGAGAGAAGCGACUUCGACCACGAGUUUCGCGAAGGAUAGGCCUUCGUGCUGCAUUUUUUCGCCGGGAUCCGGCUGGAGUCCAGCAUGUCUGCAUCCAUGCGUGGAGGAGCUGGUGUACUGGCGGCAGCCCAAGAAGAGCGGCCUGGUGUUCGGGCUGGUGCUGGCAGUGCUGUUGUCGCUGACCUGCUUCUCCCUGAUCAGCGUGGUGGCCUACCUUGCCCUGGGCUCCUUGAUGGUGGCCAUUGCCUUCCGCAUCUACCGCAACGUGCUCCAGGCGGUCCAGAAGUCCUCCGAGGGACAUCCCUUCAAGGAGUACCUGGAGAAGGACCUGUCGCUGCCUAAGGAGCGCGUGCACGAGACGGUUGACGUGGUCGUCAAGCAUGUUGAUGCAACAGUGGCUCGCCUGCGCAGCCUCUUCCUGGUCGAGGACCUUGUCGACUCACUAAAGCUUGCCCUCCUGUUCUGGGUGCUGACCUAUGUGGGAUCCUGGUUCAACGGAAUGACCCUCAUCAUUCUGGCCUACGUCUCUGCAUUCACGCUCCCCAAGGUCUACGAGACCUACAAGACGGAGAUCGACCAGUACGUGGGACUGGCCAGGACACAUGUGUGCAACGUGAUUGGCGCGAUCAAGUCCAAGAUCCCCAUGGGUGGCCAGGCAGCCCAGAGACCCAAGGAAGAGUGAAGGGGCUGUCCAGAUUCUCUUGUCCUCCAGACGCAACAGAUUCCAAGAUGUUCCAAGAGAGCUACCAGAGGAGAGGACUGUUAUUUUUUUUUUUUUUUUCAUUCUCCCCCCCACCUGAGCAGUUUCUUUUUUAAGCAAGAGUAGCUGCAUCUUGGAGCUCUGAUUGUGUUAGGGGUAGACGAAAUGCCCCACCUUUUUUUUUAUAUUUUUUUCCCCUUGUUUUUGUAACAAAAAAGGGUACAGCCCUCGAGAAGAUGUUUACGUAGUCCAGUUUCAUUUGCUUAACUUCUGUUGUCAAACUCUCUUUUCUCUUAUCGUUGGUGUGGCCGUGUAACGGUCGCAAAAGUGAGUUCUCCUGUUCCUUUUUACUUCUGUUUCUUUUUUGAUCUGUUGUUGUUUCUUGUUCUCAGAUGUCUUUUUUUCUCCGAGAGAAGUUGUUUACUGCACUCUGAAAUACUUCCCUUCACUCAUAUUUUUUUCUCGCUGUAGGUGUGUCUGACUUGUGGUUAUUUUACAGGCAUGUGAUGGCUCCGUUAUCGGUUUCUCUUGCCAGGCAUGUAGAGGACCAUCAUCAAUUGUAGCCAACAUCAAAUUUUUUUUAGCGUGCGUCCCGCCCGACGUAUUUUAGGGGUUAAAAAAAAAAAGUUUAAAAAUUGUUUUUGAUCGUGAGAGCAUCUGGGAAUGCAAGUCUGUUCUAUUCAAAUCUUGUAUGACAUACUUAAUGCAUAACACAUCUAGCUGAUACGGCUGAAAGAAAGCUUGUGCUCGAUGUUCUCUUUUGCAGAGUGCAUUUUUGUUGUUGCUGCUAACGUGUGAAUGCCGCACAAAAUGUGUCCCGUUUUCUUGAGAUGCUGUGAAGUCUGUACCUGCCUAGCUGCACUUAGUGCAGCAACCUCUCCACUCGUUUUCUUUGGGGGUCGAAUGAUGAAGGCUCGCGUCCAGUCUCAAAUUGCCGUUUCGGCAUUUGUCAAUGUCUGCCAUGUUAUCAAUGCAAACCGUUGCGCAAGGACGUGGAGAGGUUGCUCGCGUUGUCAACGGUUUCUUGUUUAAUCCUCUUUUUCUCCAAAUCGUAACCGACAUGCGUGCAUGUGUGCUGUUUCUUGGGCUUUUGCUAGCCCGGGAGGUCGUUCACCUUUUUUUGUUACAGUGUGUCUGUGUGUUGGCAGGGGUUGCUGAGGGGUUAAAAGAAGUUUUCAGUGGCAGGCUGCCAUAAUCCAACAUGACUGAUGAAACCGAUUAGCUGUGUGAUGUGUGUGUUGAAGCUUUGCAGCACUGUGUGUUGAUGUUGACGUUGCCAAGUGGAAUACUUGGGAGAUGUGGAGAGGAAAAAAAAAGUUGUAUUGAAGAAUGAAUUGACAUCUCCUUGCUUUUGAGUGUUUUUUCAUAAAACAAGGCUUUUUCUAAACCAGUGCAGUUAGCGAGACCUAUAUCUGGGCUGUUGUGACCCUCUUCACUCCGCCUGUUUGCAGCACAUAUUUAUUGCAUUGAGGACGUUGACCUGUGCACUUUUCUACAUUCGUGUUCAGGAGGUGUGGUUCCGUCGUCCAGUGUAGUAGUUUCGUUCUCCGUUGGAAACUACAAUAAAGCAUUCCCCUAGACCGCC